CUCACGUGACCAAGAGCUGACGUGUGCUGAAGUCCUUCUUGUCCUGGUCGUUGUUCCCGUCUGAGUACCAGCUCCGUAUUACCCUGAGGGCGGGCAGGCCUGCAGCAGAGGGAAGAAGGAGGAGGAGGAAAAAGAAAUUGUCCCAGAUCCCUGCAGGAAAGAGUUUCGUUCUCUGGGGACUGGUCCGUCCACCAAGCACUCAGUAGCGGCUGUUUCCCAUCUUUCUGCCUGUGGCCGCGUCUUCCUGACUAUGGCUCUGUGUCCAGUGGGUCCAAGUCUCUCCCGGGUGGCCAGUCUUUCCGUAGGUUGCGGCACAACGCCAGGGAAGAGAAGAGGAAGGAAAUUAACCCAAUCAGUGAAGGUCGAUUUGAGGGUCCGCUGUAGCAGGUGGCACCUCUUGAAGCAAGGGAGGAAGUUUCCCCAGGAUCAGUAGAGUUCUACCUCCAGAACCAGCUAUCCUGGCCUGGAAGUGACUGAAGAUCACUCUCCACAGGCCUGCCAUCAGGCUCACAGUCCUCUUCCCCCACCCAGAGUGAAGACCCUGUUUCUUGGUCCCUGCUGUUGUCAGGGACGAUUGCAUGGGCUACGUCAAGAAAGUAGGCUGGGUGACUGCAGGCCUGGUGAUUGGGGCUGGAGCCUGUUACUGCAUUUAUAGAUUGACUCGAGGAAGAAAACAUAACAAGGAGAAAAUGGCUGAGGGAGGCUCUGGGGAUGUGGAUGAUGCUGGAGACUGUUCUGGGGCCAGGUAUAAUGACUGGUCUGAUGAUGAUGAUGACAGUAAUGAGAGCAAGAGUAUAGUUUGGUAUCCACCUUGGGCCCGGAUUGGCACUGAAGCGGGGACCAGAGCUAGAGCCAGGGCAAGGGCCAGAGCUACCCGGGCCCGUAGAGCUGUCCAGAAAAGGGCUUCUCCUAAUUCAGAUGAUACUGUUUUGUCCCCUCAAGAACUACAAAAAGUACUCUGUUUGGUUGAAAUGUCUGAAAAGCCUUACAUUCUUGAAGCAGCUUUAAUUGCUUUGGGUAACAAUGCUGCUUAUGCAUUUAACCGAGAUAUUAUUCGCGAUUUGGGUGGUCUCCCAAUUGUUGCAAAGAUUCUCAAUACUCGAGAUCCCAUUGUUAAGGAAAAGGCUUUAAUUGUCCUAAAUAACUUGAGUGUGAAUGCUGAAAAUCAGCGUAGGCUUAAGAUAUACAUGAAUCAAGUGUGUGACGACACAGUCACUUCUCGCUUGAACUCAUCUGUGCAGCUGGCUGGACUCAGAUUGCUUACCAAUAUGACUGUUACUAAUGAGUACCAGCACAUGCUUGCUAAUUCCAUUUCAGACUUUUUUCGUUUAUUUUCAGCAGGAAACGAAGAAACUAAACUUCAGGUUUUGAAACUCCUUCUCAAUUUGGCUGAAAACCCAGCCAUGAUUAGAGACCUACUCAGGGCUCAAGUACCAUCUACAUUGGGCUCCCUCUUUAAUAAGAAGGAGAACAAAGAGGUUAUUCUUAAACUUCUGGUCAUUUUUGAGAACAUAAAUGACAAUUUCAAAUGGGAAGAAAAUGAAUCUACUCAGAAUCACUUUUGUGAGGGUUCGCUUUUCUUCUUUUUAAAAGAAUUUCAAGUGUGUGCUGAUAAGGUUCUGGGAAUUGAAAGCCACCAUGAUUUUUUAGUGAAAGUAAAAGUUGGAAAAUUCAUGGCCAAACUGACAGAACAUAUGUUCCCAAAGAAUCAGGAAUAACUUUUUGAGUCUGUAGUAUAACAGCAACACACACUGUAAACUAUUCCUUUUCUCCAUCUUGUUUAUAUGGUAAAGAAAUCCUUUCAGCUGCCAAUUUUGAAUAAUGAAUAUCAUACUGUAUCAUAGAUGCUGAUAUUUAACCAAGUUUGUCUUCAGGUUUAAGCUGGAUGAAUGGAUAGCACUACUUGUCCUGGAAACAUGUUUGUUGCUUUUUAUCUCUAUGCCUAGAUUGAAAUAUUUUAUUGUUUCUUCUGCAUUAAGUGACAGUGAACGAAUUAAUCAUAAGUAAGCUCCCUUUUGUCAUCUGCAUUACUUUCAUUUGUGCACCUUCAAUAAAGUUGUAUGUUAAUGCUGGAAAGAAAAAAAAGGAAGAAAGAAACUAUCCUUGUCUUUUGGUUUAUAAUCUAGUUGUAGGGAUAAGAAACACACAAACUAAAAGAGGUUAUCUGGAGCACACAUUCCUUGUCAGAUGUGUGUCCUCAACCCUCAGAGGAGGCAAAGCCGUUGGUGGCUGGCUAGAUGAGUCAGCUAAAGCUUCAGGGAGGACACAGCCAUUGCCCUGAAUGGAGCACAGAAUUUAGUGCAUGGCACAAGACAAGAGGGAAGGGGGAAUGAUGUGAGAAAGGCACUAAGGAAGGAAAGCUUUUCUUAUGGCAGUCACAGAAGUCUUCUUAGAGUGGAGAGUGUGGGGAGUAGAAUUUAAUAAUCGCAAAAACUGAAUGAAACCAGUUGUAGAAAGCUUUCUGAAUGUAUUCUGAACUAGAAAAGAAUUGGAGUCCAUAUAAAUGUCCCUGCUCGGACUGCGUCAUCGAGGAUGGUGUAACAAAAGGGUUCCUUUCAAACUCUGGUGGUGGGCAUUUGACAAUACAUAUUGUUAAGCCUUAAAAUAUGUAAACCUUUUGUCCUAAGGAGAUAACUGAAUAAUUAGCCAAAGAUUGUAUGGGCAAGGCUGUUCAUGUGAGCACUGUCUUAAAGUAAUACACAUUGGGAACAACUUUAGAGUCCAAAACACUGAAUUAGUUAUAUAAACAAUAUCCAAUAUAUAUGAUAAAUAUGCUCUUGGAAAUCAAUAUUCUCUGAAAACAAUAUUCAUAAUGCAAUGCUAAUUGAGAAAGGUAAGUUAGAAAGCAGUAUUCAGAGUAUUAUUUCAUUUGGGAGCAUGUUAGAUCAUGUUAAAAAGGACACUAAAAUCUAUGGAAUUAUAUACAUACACCCAAUAGUAAUAAGAAUUAUAUUUGGAUGAAAGAUAAUGAAUGAUAUCUACUUUUUGUACUUUAAUCCAUCUACAUUUUCUUACUUAUCAAAAAUUAAUAUUUAUUUUAGGAAAGUUUUGAAAAAAAGAAACUACUGGGAAAGCAGCAGGUGAUUAAUUUGAAUGUGUACUGAGUGGAAAAGUAUUUAGGCCAAAAAUGAAGUGGUUUGAAGUUUCUUCUUCAGAAUGAUAAAUGACUGGUGAAGAUAAGGUUUAUUGUGAGAUUGCAGCGAUAGAAUUUUACAAAGUACUCAAUAUUUUGGCAUAUAGUAGUUAAUUAAGAAAUGUGAGUAUCCCCAAGUACACAGAAUGUAGUAUUAAUGGGUUUUGGUUGACUUUUGUUUUGCUGGGGCAUUCUGCCAUGCUUCAGUGUCGUUUAAUAAAUAAUAAUAAUAAAGGCUAACAUUUAUUACGUGA